AUGUGGAUGCUGAUUCCGCCUCUCAGCCCGAUCGUGAGCUGCACACACCUCCUCCUGCCCCCACCUCCCUCCUUCGCUCGCAAGCCGGUUCAGGGAGCCGUGACAACAGCUCCCCGGACGGCGGCGCGGGCCCCUUACCCGGGCGCGGCAGGCCUGCAGUGGCCGGGUGGCCGUCGGACGGCGGGGAAGUACCCGCGGCCCGGCGUGGAGACGUGGCCUGCAGCGGAGCAGAGCACACCAGCCAAGACUGCUCAAGGCAGCCGCCCCAGCUCGGGCCCCGCCCGGACCGCCCCGGAACUGACGUCACCGGAGGCGGGCCCUAGUGGGCGGGGAAGCUCCGCACGGAGCAGGGAGGGGCCCGCGGUGCCAGGAGCCGCCGAGAGGGAGCCGGAAGCGGGGGGGGGCGUGGCCGUCCCCAGGCUCCGCCCACCGCGGGGCUCGCUGGACUCCGUCGAGCUCGUGGCCGGAAACGGUCGGGAGCUGCGGUUUCGGACCUGCGUGCGGCGGAAAUGGUGGUGCUCCGCCUCAGCAGCUGGCCUGUGGGAGCUCGGACGCAAAAGCCGGGUCCUUGCCGCUCUACAGGUGACACACCUGCUUCCGGGACUCGAUCGGCCCCGGAGCCCCCCUCCCCCGCGGGCCGUCAAGCCAGCUCCGACCCCGCGCCCCCGCCUCCCUGGGGAGCCCCCCAGGGAGGCGGGGGCGCGGGGAGGGCCGCGGGCCGGCUGCGGGGGGCGCCCGCGGGAGGGCGCGGCGGCGCGGGGGGCGGAGACGCGGCGCGGCUUCCGCUCCCGCGCCUCCUCCCUCCUCCCCCGCCGUCCUGGUCCGCGGCGCCGGAGGAGGGGAGGCGGCAGGCGCCGGGAGCCGCGCGAGGAGCCGCCGCCGCCGCCGCCGCCGCCGCGCCAUGGAGCCCGAGUGGGCGCCGGCCGCAGGGACAAUGGCCCGGCGGCCAAGUGCGCGGCGCGCGGAAGCGACUUUGCAAGUUGGGGGCGAGUUGGGGCGCGCGCCGCGGGCGCCCGCCGUUCCCCCCGCCCGCCGCCGUCCCGGGGGGGGGUGACCGCGCGCGGGCCCUUUGUCUCGCCCUCCCGGGCCCCUCCCGGGAAGGCUGGGCCCCGUCCCGCGCCCCGGGCCGGCGAGGAGCGCGCGCGGGCGGCGCCGACCCCGCCAGGUGCGGCGCGGGCGGGUCCUCACCUGCCCGCGGCCCGGGGCGCGCUCCGGAGUGCGGCCGCGUGUGGCCGGCCGGGAGAGGCCGCGCUGGGACCGUGGGGACCCCGGGCCGCGGGCCGGCGCAGAGCGGGGACUUUCGGCGCAGAGACAGGCCUCGCCGCCCUUCGUCGGGGACUCCUCCUCGAGCCCGUUUCCGAUGGCCGCGCGGCCGGCCUGCCAGCCCCGAGAACUGAUUUAAGUUGCGGAGAAAGUUCUCAGAUCGGGCACCGGCGGCCUGGCCUGUUGCGCGGCCCCCUGCCAUCUGCGAGGCUGUCGGCUUCCGAGCGGACCGACACCUGCCAGGUGCCCAGAGGACCCGUCUCGCCGCCCGGGCCCCCCGCUCCCACCCAGCACCCCGCGGUGGCACGGGGCCGGUGUCCACGCCAGGGGGGGCCUCGUGGGGCCGCCGCGCGGGGUGACGUGGUCGCAGAGCCCGGCGUGGUCGAGAGGCGCGCUGCCUCGCCUCUCCUGCUGUUCGCCAACCGCCGGGACGUGCGGCUGGUGGACGCUGGCGGAGUCAAGCUGGAGUCCACCAUCGUGGUCAGCGGCCUGGAGGACGCGGCUGCCGUGGACUUCCAGUUCUCCAAGGGAGCCGUGUACUGGACGGACGUGAGCGAGGAGGCCAUCAAGCAGACCUACCUGAACCAGACGGGGGUCGCUGUGCAGAACGUGGUCAUCUCCGGCCUGGUGUCACCUGACGGCCUGGCGUGCGACUGGGUCGGCAAGAAGUUGUACUGGACGGACUCAGAGACCAACCGCAUCGAGGUGGCCGACCUCAACGGGACGUCGCGUAAGGUCCUCUUCUGGCAGGACCUCGACCAGCCACGGGCCAUCGCCUUGGACCCCGCUCACGGGUACAUGUACUGGACAGACUGGGGCGAGACACCUCGAAUCGAGCGGGCAGGCAUGGACGGCAGUACCCGGAAAAUCAUCGUGGACUCCGACAUCUACUGGCCCAACGGGCUGACCAUCGACUUGGAGGAGCAGAAGCUGUACUGGGCCGACGCCAAGCUCAGCUUCAUCCACCGUGCCAACCUGGAUGGCUCGUUCCGGCAGAAGGUCGUGGAGGGCAGCCUGACACACCCCUUUGCCCUGACGCUCUCCGGGGACACUCUCUACUGGACGGACUGGCAGACCCGCUCCAUCCACGCCUGUAACAAGAGGACUGGAGAGAAGAGGAAGGAGAUCCUUAGUGCCCUCUACUCGCCCAUGGACAUUCAAGUGCUCAGCCCGGAGCGGCAGCCUUACUUCCACACGCGGUGUGCAGAGGACAACGGCGGCUGCUCCCACCUGUGCUUGCUGUCCCCAAGGGAGCCUUUCUACACGUGCGCCUGCCCCACCGGUGUGCAGCUCCACGACAACGGCAAGACGUGCAAGGCAGGGGCCGAGGAGGUGCUGCUGCUGGCCCGGCGGACGGACCUGCGGAGGAUCUCGCUGGACACGCCAGACUUCACUGACAUCGUGCUGCAGGUUGAUGAUAUCCGACAUGCCAUUGCCAUCGACUACGACCCGCUGGAGGGCUAUGUCUACUGGACAGACGACGAGGUGCGGGCCAUCCGCAGGGCGUACCUGGACGGGUCAGGGGCACAGACGCUGGUCAACACCGAGAUCAACGACCCCGAUGGCAUCGCAGUCGACUGGGUGGCCCGCAACCUCUACUGGACGGACACGGGCACUGACCGCAUCGAGGUGACACGUCUCAAUGGCACCUCCCGCAAGAUCCUGGUGUCCGAGGACCUGGACGAGCCCCGGGCCAUUGUGCUGCACCCUGUGAUGGGCCUCAUGUACUGGACAGACUGGGGGGAGAACCCCAAAAUCGAGCGCGCCAACCUGGAUGGGCAGGAGCGGCACGUCCUGGUGAACACGUCCCUCGGGUGGCCCAACGGCUUGGCCCUGGACCUGCAGGAGGGAAAGCUGUACUGGGGAGACGCCAAGACGGACAAAAUCGAGGUGAUCAACGUUGACGGGACAAAGAGGCGGACACUCCUGGAAGACAAGCUCCCCCACAUUUUCGGGUUCACACUGCUGGGGGACUUCAUCUACUGGACCGACUGGCAGCGUCGCAGCAUCGAGCGCGUGCACAAGGUCAAGGCCAGCCGGGACGUCAUCAUCGACCAGCUGCCCGACCUGAUGGGGCUGAAGGCUGUGAACGUGGCCAAGGCUGUCGGAACCAACGCGUGUGCGGACGGGAACGGGGGCUGCAGCCACCUUUGCUUCUUCACGCCUCACGCCGCCAAGUGUGGCUGCCCCAUCGGCCUGGAGCUGCUGAGCGACCUGAAGACCUGCAUCGUCCCUGAAGCCUUCCUCGUGUUCACCAGCCGAGCCGCCAUCCACAGGAUCUCCCUGGAGACCAACAACAACGACGUGGCCAUCCCGCUGACGGGCGUCAAGGAGGCCUCGGCGCUGGACUUCGACGUAUCCAACAAUCACAUAUACUGGACAGACGUCAGCCUGAAGACCAUCAGCCGAGCAUUCAUGAACGGGAGCUCCGUGGAGCAUGUGAUCGAGUUCGGCCUCGACUACCCGGAAGGCAUGGCUGUCGACUGGGUGGGGAAGAACCUCUACUGGGCGGACACUGGGACCAACAGGAUCGAAGUGGCCCGGUUGGACGGACAGUUCCGGCAGGUCCUCGUGUGGAGGGACCUGGACAACCCGAGGUCACUGGCCCUGGACCCCACCAAAGGCUACAUCUACUGGACUGAGUGGGGGGGGAAACCCAGGAUUGUGCGGGCCUUCAUGGACGGGACCAACUGCAUGACGCUGGUGGACAAGGUGGGUCGGGCCAACGACCUCACCAUCGACUACGCUGACCAGCGUCUCUACUGGACCGACCUGGACACCAACAUGAUCGAGUCGUCCGACAUGCUGGGUCAGGAGCGCGUUGUGAUCGCGGACGACCUUCCGCACCCCUUCGGCCUGACGCAGUACAGCGAUUACAUCUACUGGACCGACUGGAACCUGCACAGCAUCGAGAGGGCCGACAAGACCAGCGGCCGGAACCGCACCCUCAUCCAGGGCCACCUGGACUUCGUGAUGGACAUCCUGGUGUUCCACUCCUCCCGCCAGGAUGGCCUCAACGAUUGCAUGCACAACAACGGGCAGUGUGGGCAGCUGUGCCUCGCCGUCCCCGGCGGCCACCGCUGUGGCUGUGCCUCACACUAUACCCUGGACCCCAGCAGCCGCAACUGCAGCCCGCCCACCACCUUCUUGCUGUUCAGCCAGAAAUGUGCCAUCAGCCGCAUGGUCCCCGACGACCAGCACAGCCCAGACCUCAUCCUGCCCCUGCACGGGCUGAGGAAUGUCAAGGCCAUCGACUAUGACCCCCUGGACAAGUUCAUCUACUGGGUGGACGGACGCCAGAACAUCAAGCGAGCCAAGGACGACGGGACCCAGCCCUUCGUUUUGACCUCCCCGAGCCCGAGCCAGAACCCGGACAGGCAGCCCCACGACCUCAGCAUUGACGUCUACAGCCGGUUGCUCUUCUGGACGUGUGAGGCCACCAACACCAUCAACGUCCACCGGAUGAAUGGAGACGCCAUGGGUGUGGUGCUCCGUGGGGACCGCGACAAGCCGCGGGCCAUCGUCGUCAACGCCGAGCGGGGGUACCUGUACUUCACCAACAUGCAGGACCGCGCAGCCAAGAUCGAGCGAGCGGCCUUGGACGGCACCGAGCGUGAGGUCCUGUUCACCACGGGCCUCAUCCGGCCCGUGGCCCUCGUGGUGGACAACAGGCUGGGCAAGCUCUUCUGGGUGGACGCGGACCUGAAGCGCAUCGAAAGCUGUGACCUGUCAGGGGCCAACCGCCUGACCCUGGAGGACGCGAACAUCGUGCAGCCGGCGGGCCUGGCCGUGCUGGGCAGACACCUCUACUGGAUCGACAGGCAGCAGCAGAUGAUCGAGCGUGUGGAGAAGACCACCGGCGACAAGCGGACGCGGGUCCAGGGCCGCGUCGCCCACCUGACCGGCAUCCACGCCGUGGAAGAGAUCAGCCUGGAGGAGUUCUCGGCUCACCCAUGUGCCCGGGACAAUGGUGGCUGCUCCCACAUCUGCAUCGCCAAGGGUGACGGGACCCCACGGUGCUCCUGCCCAGUCCACCUCGUGCUCCUGCAGAACCUGCUGACCUGUGGGGAGCCUCCCACCUGCUCCCCCGACCAGUUCGCCUGUGCCACCGGGGAGAUUGACUGCAUCCCGGGGGCCUGGCGCUGCGACGGCUUCCCCGAGUGUGACGACCAGAGCGACGAGGAGGGCUGCCCGGUGUGCUCAGCCGCCCAGUUCCCCUGUGCGCGGGGCCAGUGCGUGGACCUGCGCCUGCGAUGCGACGGCGAGGCCGACUGCCAGGACCGCUCGGACGAGGCCGACUGCGAUGCCAUCUGCCUGCCCAACCAGUUCCGCUGCGCCAGCGGCCAGUGCGUCCUGAUCAAGCAGCAGUGCGACUCCUUCCCCGACUGCCUCGACGGCUCCGACGAGCUCAUGUGCGAGAUCACCAAGCCGCCGUCCGACGACAGCCCGGCCCACAGCAGCGCCAUCGGGCCAGUCAUCGGUAUCAUCCUGUCCCUGUUUGUCAUGGGCGGGGUCUACUUCGUGUGCCAGCGAGUGCUGUGUCAGCGCUACGCCGGAGCCAGUGGGCCCUUCCCACAUGAGUACGUCAGUGGGACCCCCCACGUUCCCCUCAAUUUCAUAGCCCCUGGCAGCUCCCAGCAUGGUCCCUUCACAGGCAUCUCAUGUGGCAAGUCCAUGAUGAGCUCCGUGAGCCUGAUGGGGGGCCGUGGUGGAGUGCCCCUCUAUGACCGGAACCACGUCACCGGGGCCUCGUCCAGCAGCUCGUCCAGCACCAAGGCCACUCUGUACCCACCGAUCCUGAACCCUCCGCCAUCCCCCGCCACGGACCCAUCCUUGUACAACGUGGACAUGUUCUACUCUUCAAACAUUCCCACCACUGCGAGACCCUACAGGCCCUACAUUAUCCGAGGCAUGGCCCCCCCUACGACGCCCUGCAGCACGGAUGUUUGCGACAGCGACUACAGCGCCAACCGCUGGAAGGCCAGCAAGUACUACCUGGAUUUGAAUUCGGACUCAGACCCCUACCCCCCUCCGCCCACGCCCCACAGCCAGUACCUGUCAGCGGAGGACAGCUGCCCCCCUUCGCCCGCCACCGAGAGGAGCUACUUCCACCUCUUCCCUCCCCCUCCGUCCCCCUGCACGGACUCCUCCUGACCUCUGCGAGGCCCCCCCUGGCCUCUCUGCCCCCUUGUAAAUAGUUUUAAAUAUGAACAAAGAAAAAAAUAUAUUUUAUGAUUUAAAAAAAUAAAUAUAGUGGGGAUUUUAAAAACAUGAGGAAUGUGAACAGUGAUGGGGGUGGGAGGGCUGGGAAAACUUUGUACAGUGGAGAAAAUAUUUAUAAACUUAAUUUUUUUAAAACGUCA